CAUUUAGAAAAACAAAGAUUUUCUGGCUAAAAUCAGCUCUGUAUUGGGGAUAUCCCAUGAUCCUCUCUUUUUCGUGUGUAUAUCCAACAUGGGUAUCGAUAUUUCACACAAGCACGACCGUAAGGUCGCGAGGAAAAGACCCAAGAGCAAGAACGUCUAUCUUGGAUUGUUGGUUAAGGUGUACAGGUUCUUGGCCCGUCGUACUGAUGCUAAGUUCAACAGGGUGAUUCUGAAGCGUUUGUUCAUGAGCCGCAUUAACAGACCACCAAUGGCUCUGUCCAAAGUGGUUCGCUUCAUGAAGAAACCAGGACGCGAAAACAAGAUCGCCGUUGUAGUAGGAACUAUUACGGAUGACGUGCGCCUUUAUGAAGUUCCCAAGUUGCGUGUGUGUGCCCUGCACGUGACCGACCGUGCCCGUGCCCGCAUCCACAAGGCCGGUGGGGAAAUCAUGAACUUUGACGAACUGGCGGUGAAGUCUCCCCGUGGACAGAACACCGUCCUCAUCCAGGGAAGGAGAACAGCACGAGAGGCAUGCAGACACUUUGGCCCUGCUCCUGGCGUUCCACACAGCCACACAAAGCCGUACGUCCGCUCCAAGGGACGCAAGUUCGAGCGUGCCCGUGGUCGCAGGAAGAGCCGUGGCUUCAAGGUCUAAGAAAACCAGAGUCAAUAAAUGCACGCUCGUCAUUC